AUGAAGUUCCUCAAGGUCGGCCGCGUCGCCAUCAUCACCCACGGCCGCUACGCCGGCAAGAAGCAUUGUGCCUCCAAGGAGGUGCGGGAUAUCCUCAACGUCGACGCCGAGACACGUGUGUUUGGUCAGGGAAUGAAGAUACGGACAUCCUACGAGGACGAUUGCGAUAGAAUGAGCGACAAGAAAGAGGAGGAACAAAGACCGAACGGCCAAACACUCUCGAAGCGCGACGUCGUCAUCAUCCAGCCUGUCGACUCUGGCAACAAGGCCCACCCCUUCGGUCACGCCCUCGUUGCCGGUAUCGAGCGCUACCCCUCCAAGAUCACUCGUCGCAUGUCCAAGACGAGACAGGAGAAGCGCAACAAGAUCAAGCCCUUCGUCAAGCUGGUCAACUACAACCACCUGAUGCCCACCCGCUACACUCUGGAGCUCGAGGGCCUCAAGGGUGUCGUCAGCAAUGACACCUUCAAGGAGGUUACCCAGCGUGAGGACGCCAAGAAGACGGUGAAGAAGGUUUUGGAGGAGCGUUACACGAGCGGCAAGAACCGGUGGUUCUUCACGCCUCUGAGAUUUUAA